UUUCAAGUCCGCCCUUCUCGUGUCGACCGCCGGCAAAAAGAAGCAACACCAUACGAUAGCACCCACACGCGUGCUUGAAGCCUUGCUUGAAGCUUGAGUAUAGCAUUUACUACCACCAGUUUAGCAACGACAGUACCCAUGGCGUUUCGCAAGGACCGGCCCCCCACUGAAGGCUCCCGCACAUAUGCGAUCGUUGUCUGCGUCUUUGCCUCCCUCGGCGGUGUCUUCUUUGGCUAUGACCAAGGCGUCACCGGCGGCGUCCUCGUCAUGGACUCGUUCCUCAACGACUUCUGCGUCGGCUACGACGGCAACUCGUACAAGACCUGCACAACCGACAGCGCGCGGCUCCCGUCCAACUGGCUCAACUUUACAACGAUCUACAACGUCAUCUACUACAUUGGCUGCAUCUUUGGUGCCUUCAUCGGCGGCUACAUUGCCGACAAGCUUGGACGCCGCGCGACCAUCUUCUUCGCGGGCGUUCUCUUCUGCGUCGGCACGUGCCUCCUCGUCUUGACACCGUCGGGCAGCCAUCUCAUUGCACUGAUCGCGCGCUGCAUCCAAGGCCUUGGCGUCGGCAACUCGUCGUUCUCGCUGCCGAUUUUCGGCGCCGAGAUGGCGCCCAAGGAGCUCCGCGGUAUGCUCUCGGGCUUCAUGCAAAUGGCGGUUGUCACUGGCAUUCUCCUUGUCGGCUUUAUCAACUUUGCACUGGCGCACUCGGCGCACGGCUGGCGCAUCACGAACGGAAUUGCAAUGGUCUUUCCGGUCAUCGUCAUGGCCGGUAUCUUUUGCGUGCCCGAGUCGCCCCGCUGGAUGUACAAGGCGCGCGGCCGCAUCGCAGCCCAUCGCGAGCUCAUUCUGCUGCGCAAGACCGAAAACAUCCACGCCGAGCUCGACGCGAUCGCCGACGCGAUCGACGACGAAGGCCGGCACCAGUCGUCGUGGGCCGACCUCUGGCACCCGUCGAUCCGCCCGCGCCUCGCGAUUGCGAUGCUGCUUCAGCUUCUCCAACAGGCCACUGGUAUCAACCCGGUCUUUGUAUACGGUGGUCAGAUCUUCAAGGACGUCGUCGGUGAUGGCUUGCUCUCGCUCUUGAUCCUUCAGAUCGUCAAUUUUGUGUCGACGAUUCCCGCCAUGAUCUGGGUCGACCGCUACGGUCGGCGCACGCUCCUCCUCGUCGGCGCCGCCGGCAUGGUCAUUGGGCACUUGGUGUCGGCGACGGUCUUUAGCGUCGGCUGCAACGGCAACACGACCAAUCUCGACUGCUCGACGGGCGCGGGCUGGACCAUGAUUGCUGCCACGGCCUUUUUCAUCUUUAACUUUGCGAUUUCGUGGGGUCCGAUCUGCUGGAUCUACCCGGCCGAGAUCUUCCCCAUGAAGGUGCGCGCCAAGGCGGUGUCCGCGUCGACCAUGAUGAACUGGGCCAUGGGCGCGCUCAUGAUUGGUAUUCCCAAGCUCUUCCCGUACCUCAACAUUAACGGUGUCUUCUUCCUCUUUGCGGCGCUCUGCACCGUCGCCGGUGUCUACGUCUAUUUCAAGUGCCCGGAAACCAAAGGCAUGUUCCUUGAAGACAUUGACGAGCUCUUUGGCGGCUCGAGCCUUUUGGACGCGUCGCACUCGUCGCUUGCGUCACCGUUGCCGCCGUUUGUACUCGAGUAG